UGAUAAGUAACCUCUUGAUAAGCUUGAAAGCCGAUUGGGAGCGAAUAUUCGAGGUUCGUAGCAACGAAUGUUGAAAUGUUUUCGGUCGAGUGAUCGGACGUUCUUUUGAUCACAUCUUCGAUCGAAUUUCAAAUACGUACAUAUGAAUGUUUACCUGUUUAUUUGAGAAUGUGAUUUGAACUAUCCACAGCGUUGAAACGCCAGUAUGGCGGUCGGAGGAGGAUUUUUUGACCAGUACUCGGUCUUCUGUGUGUUUGGGUCGGUUGUUGGAUGUGUGGUGGUUCCCUUGAUAACGCAGGUAGGUAGAUUCUUGUUCUUGACUCCUUGUAACGCGUUAUUUUUGGCUAAAGAUAGCUGUGGUCGCGUCUCUGAGAACUAUUUUAUCCCAAGCGAUAAUUUGUGAUGUUCCUAAUACCCUAUACUUUUUUCCACAGUCUGUUGAAAGCGUUAUAUUUUCCGCUAUCGUCAUCAGUUUAACAGCAACACAUCUUACAAAACGGGCCAACAAGUCGGACAAUUCCAAUCAGGUAAUCCUAAAUGCCCUACAUUCUUGCCCUUAGUUCGUCUCUUUUCUCGUCUGAGGUUAGUCUGUCUUCCGUCUUUUCAACUCUCUUCAUCUUUAAAGCGGGCCUCUUCUAGCACUUAUCCACUGACAGAUUUUGUAUCCAGAUGUAAGUUGAAUUUUUGGUCGCAGGUUAACGUGAAAGAUGUGGUCGACAAGCGCUCAAGUCGUAAACCGAAAGACCGUGAACGGGACCAACAAUCUCAUGCUAAGAAGCGAAAAACAGUUACACAACAAAUCCAGGUAUUGUCAUGGCAGAAAUAUUUGCCAUUACUGAUAAUCUCGUAAAAAUCUUUUCGUUGCCCGUUUUGACGUUCAACUUGAUUACAUGCUGCCCAACCGAACGUUCAUAUUGGUUAAUGCCAAAAAUUGCUUAUUUGAUUAAGCUUAUAUCGACUGACUUUACUAUAAUUUUCCUAUUAGGCUUCGUUCGUUUAUUUUUCAGACGCAUUUUUACUGUCGAUUUACGUAAUUAGUCAACUGCUAUCUUUUCCAGUAUUCCUUUAAUUUUACUCCAUUUCAAACAACAGCCACGAGUAUUUGUUUAUAUUUCGCAGACAAAAUAUGUAACAUUUAUUAUCAAAGUUUUGUCGAGGUCAGUAACCGAACAACGAACUUCAAACGGAAGCAUUAUCCAUGUAAAUGCAAAAAAAUACGACCACAUUCAUUUAUCGUUGCCAAAUUCAAAACAACAUGUUCUCGUAAUAAUUUGCAUUGGCUUCUUGAUCGACGGACAGAUAAAAAUCGCUUCCUUCAAAAACUUUCGUUUUGCUUUAACACUAUGAUUUAUAUAUAUUUUUUCUGCCUAUAGAUUCCUUCAUUUCUGAAAAAAGGAAGGCCGUUAACUAUUUUUCGGUAUAAGAAUCGAGGAUAUAAUGAACAAACAUAUUUUAGGCAGCUGUAAUUUGAAACCUAAAUAAAAUUUCUUGUCAACUCUCCUUUGUCUGGAUGAUUCCAGCUGUUGAGAAAUUCUCGGUUUGUUCUUUUUUUAGCACACGAAUGUUCGAGUCGUUGAUGAAUACAAACAAAAAGAGGACAACCAGAGAAAGCUUGAUUUAGCCAGGAAAAUUGAGUUGGUGAGUACUAAAUCAAUUAAAAUACACACUCGGUUUCACUGAAAAUGUAAUGCUAAUUAUAUGUCAGCCGGAAUAGAAUGUAAAUGAUGCUUUGUUUAUUUUUCACAUUGCUGCUCUUAUAAGAAGUUGUGUGGAUGGGCGUACCCUAGCCAUAAUCUGUAUAACUUUGUGUUCUAUGUAUAUCAAUUCAGAGCAUACUUCAAAGCAUUUGAACACUGUGUGAAUAAUAAUUCCAUAUUUGAGUGCAGUGGAUUAGGGUACCUAAGCACUGCAGACAUCAGUCAUUUUGCUACACUCUUGUUAGGGAGGCAGUGUGGCCGAGUGGUCAGCGUGUCAGACUCGCAAUCCGGCGGUCCUGGGUUUGAGUCCCGCUCUGGCCUUUUGCUGGAUUUGUUCUCGGUCGUCCCGAGUUCAAAUCCUUGGCCACGCAUGUAAGUAGCCAACUGGUUGCCUCCUGCCAGUUGGGGUUUUAAAUCCUGUUAUGUUGUAUUUGAAUUAUUUGUUUUCUAAGUAUUUAAUAAUAAUAAUAAUAACAUAAUUUAUAUAGCACUAACUCCACUAAUUGACCAAAGCGCUUUACAAUUCAUAACAUUAAAAUAAUUAAAAAGAUCCCACUGGUAAUAAAAUAUGAAUAAAUUAAAAACCUAUUUACAGUCUUAUUUAUAAAAAUAUAAUAUGAUUGUCAAGCGCUUUGGAUCACUAAGAGAAAGGCGCUAUAUAGGUGUAUAUUAUUAUUAUUAUUAUUAUUAUCUUGUUACUGCAAUAUACUGAUACAUCUGGUUUCAAAUAGUUUCCCUAUGAAAAAGAAAAACAAGGCUUUCAUUAAGGUAUUUUCCCUGGGCAGCUAUUAUAAACAUGAUUACCAGCUACUUUCAUAGGAAAAUAGAGGGUCUCAUACAAGGCUGCCGCCUAACGGGCGCCAGGUUGUCAGAGGCGCCUACGAUUUACCCUCAGGUGACCAAAAUUUCUAACAGGGAGCCUGAACGGGCGGCUGAAACUUAUGAUUUUCAGGCUAACUGCCUAUGAAUAAACAGCAAAAUCUGCACUUUUGAACAAAAACGGAAAAUGUUUGGUCGUCGGCUAUAGUUAAAGAAUAUUUCCGCUGUUAAAAGGUUAAAAAACAAGCACUUGUCUUGAAAUUCGCUUCUGUGACUUGCACUGCAGUGGAGUUUAAGUUUCUCAUCUGAUAAUGGCAUCAAAAAUAAAUUUAAUAGUCGGCGAAUGGUUAUCGUCAUGUUUUUCAAGAAAGAAAUCCUUCUUAAAAUCUUUUCGAGUGGUGAAUAUAAAAGUGCUGGUUUCUCAAAACUCGAGACUCAGUUUUUGCAUUUUGAAACUCUAUUCGUUUGAGUCUCGAGUAUCCUUCUGGUUUUGGCUUGUUAUGCAAUGCUCCUUAGCAUUGUGUGACGGUCAAAGGGAGACUUACCUUAUUAAUUUAUUCGGCUAUAAGCCAAGUGAUUUUGACACAAAUUAAAGCUAAAGUUCAGUGAAAUUUCAGCUCAAGAGGGGUGUCGGCUUAUAGCCGAGUGUUUUUGACAACAAAAGUUUUUCAGUGUAUUGAAGCUCUACUAAAUGAGGAUGUAUUCACUCAUAAGCCGAGGAAAAAGCACUGGCAAAAGAUCGAACCGAUCGCGUAACUAAGAAUCUGAAAAGUUAGGUUAGCUAAGGACCGAAAUUCAGUCCCAAAUUGUCAAAAUAUCUGGCAAAAACAGGUCUCCCAACUAACAUCUCACAUUGUUAAGCCUUUUGCAAUGAGGGAAGGUGUAAAAGGAAUGUGUAAACAAUCCGCCAUGUUUGGUCAAACUUGUGCUUUGAAACAUUUGCUUGGUUACCAAGCACAGACGAACACAAAAAAAACCGAAACGAGCAGCGAAAAACUCAAAUGACAAUCUUACGUUUUCCUGGAGAGGGUCACACUUUUUUCGAAAUUGUUAAGUUUUACAGUAGUUAAAAGUUAACAAAUGGGUCUCGGCUCAUAGCUGGGUGUUUUGGAUUUAAAAUUUUCUUAGGCUGCAGCCUGGUUAUAAUAGGCCCUUUGCAGCUUGCCAUUCAGGUGGUACAAAACCCCCAUACUGGGACGCAAAAGUCGCACUAGGGCAAGACCAACAAAAGGCAUACAUAAUUUUAUAUGGUAAUUUCCUUUUCCUUUUACGUUUUAUUAUUGGCACUGCAAUAAUAAUAAUAAUGUUAUAAAUUAUUGUUUUUGUCCACAUUAUUAUGAGCUCCUGGUGUGGAUAAAUUUCAACAAGGUUGAAAAGGGCUAACAGUUUUGUUGGUGAUAGCCCGGCCUGCACCUACAUGAUGUAGCCUGGGAAAACAACCGUUUCUCUUCUCUCUUCGUCGCUGGGGACGUUUGGCGCGGAGGAACGUCUGCGACUCAACGACAGAAAUUCCAUACUGAUGAUGUAAAAUCUGUCCGGAAUCCGGUCAGAAGCGCUGAUUGGUCGGUGGAGUAGUUACAUUGUUUUAGCUAUUGUUUACUAAUGACAGACAAAAGACAAAAGGCCACAAAAGUCAAAUGUAAACACGAAGAAUCUCUAGCAAAACAGACAAUAUUUGUGGAAUGUACUCUUCUGUAGAAGAAGCGUUUGAGUUUCGCUGGAGCUCGUCGGCAAAUGAACACAACACUUUACCAAAAUCAACCAGAAGACACUUAAAAUUAGACAAAUUUAUAUUUGGAACCCCAUGACUACCAGAUUUAUUAUGUAAACAUUGAUUUGUGUCAUCAGUAUGGAAUUUCUGCCCCUGAGUCGCAGAUGUUCCUCCGCGCUAAACAUCCCCAGCGGUGAAGAGCGAGGUGAAACGGAUGUUUUCGCAGGCUAACAUGCAUGUGUCAUACUCUGAAAUAUCUUUACGGAGAAUCACCGCAUCGCUAAGACGACAGUCAUAAAGCCAGUAAUUUAAGUAUGGUUUAGGCCUGCCUUUCUAUCUGCAGUGCUGCAUUUAUCCUAAUGAACUGUAAGUACUAUAGUAUGCUCAGGGAUGUCACUUAGAUUUGAAGUAAUAUAUCAAGGAGGAGACACAAUGUUUCAUCACCAGAUGAAACACUGAAAAGAGAGCGGAAAGAGGAGUUUUUUUCAUGAACUUUUAGGUGUUUCAUCUGGUGAUGAAACACUGUGUCUCCUGCUUUAUAUUACUUCUUACUCAAAAUGAUUUUACAGAAGAAGGAGAAAUUAAGGAUGGGUUAGGGUUAGGGUUAGAGGCCUUUGUAUUUUCUUUAUGAAUUAUGAAUGAGUUUGAGAAGUUGCUGGGUAAAUACAACAAGGAGGCAGGGAAUCAAACAGCUAGGGAUUUCUUUUGGUUCUAUUUUUCUUCCAUUUUCUUAUGAAAGUAGCUAGCGGAAAUCCUCGGCCUCCACCUCGUAGUGACAGCCCUGCUAUACUGCAGUUAUCCUGAUGAAUAAACAGUUAUUGGAGGAGGUUUUCGUGAUAUCCAGAAUAAUCAAGGUCCUAGUAAAUGUUAUCAGCCUCGGCUUUCUGAUAUCAUCUAUCAGUAGGGGAUGAAAGCCUAUUAGAACAGAGAAAUAUUUUGAUUAAAUCAUAAAUUCACUUGCCAACAGACUGUUAAUUUGCCAAUAAAUGGAAGUAAAAUAUAAAUGAUCUAAAUUACAGCAAUAUCCUUACAUGGAAUAUUCUGUCUUCAUCACAUCUCCCCCUGCUUUAGAAACUCUUGUUAGAAGGAAUAUUGAUCAGGUUAAUUACGAUCUACAUAGUAUGGCUACUAAUCUGACACAUCCUAAACUGAAGAGAGAGUUUCUGAAAAGGAGUCUAAAAUUUAGGGGUGCAACUCUCAAAUGAAGCAAAACUCGCUGAGUCACUCACUUCAUUUAAGAAGUUUAUUGGAAUGUAGUUGGGUCUUGUCAAGUUGUCUAUCUUUUUAGUAACUACUAUAACUUUAAUUUUUUUUUUGUCUUUCUGUAAUAGUACUAAUAGAAGUAAUUGUAGCAGUUAAUAUAUGGCUGUUAUGUGUAAACGCCUCUAUGGAAACUUGUCAAGUGUUGUAGAGGCUAGUGUGUUUCUCUUUUAAUUCAUAAAGUUCUUAAUAAAGUAUUACCUACCUUCAUUCUGUUUCAUGUAGGUAAUUUUUUUAACCUUUUACAGGAACGUAAGCAAGAAGAAAAGAAAGAGAAGAAAGUUAAGAAAAAAGAAGAGAGAUUGAGAAGAAAAGAACAAGAAAGAGAGGAGAAAGAAGUGAGAAGAAUAUCAUAUGCUUUUUUGGUUCAUAUUUUGGAUGAGAGUAUUUGGUAUUUGAAAGGGUGUUGUACAAAUUAUCUUUAUUUCAUGGCUCCAAGUCUGUAACUAAAUUGCUUGUUUCUGUUCUGUAUGAAUAACAUUGUUUCUGCCGUGGAUGCUUUUUUAUUUGAAGAUGGCUUUCAGUGCCCUAUUAUUGUACUGCGUUUGGUUAUUAAGUAAAGGCAUACAGGUUAUUAAGCAAGGCAUAUUGAGUGAGAAUGUUUCAAUUUUUUUUCGCAUGACUAGAAAGAAGAACAAAGACUAAAGAUGUACAAAGAACAGCGUCAAAAGGAAAUGCGAGAGACUCUAAGGCAAACAGAUAAGGUUAGUUGAAGUGUAGACUCAUCUUUAAUCAUUAUGCAACCAAUUGUCUUUUUAUUACUUGCAAGAUGGUAGAUAUUCAGUCAGCUGAGCGGAGACAGUUCAAAUAAGAAUGGAAUUCAUUUUGUCCUGAAUGUGCAUAUGUUGCAUUGUUUAUUUAUUUUUUUGUCACAGAUUUCACUUCAAAGAGUAGAUUCUGGGAGGACAAGACUAACUGCGACCUCAAAGACAACGAAAAAGCUUGAGAGUACAACAACAUCUAAAUCACCGCUUAAAGUACCUAGUCCCCCUGUGUUAACAAUGCAGUACUUAAGACAGAGGUCUCAGUCAGAGGGUAGUGAAAGUGAGCCCCCGAGCCCACCCCCGUCAGUAUGGAAAGUACCAGAAUACGUGGAGCCUAAAUGGAACCCUGGACAACCUGAAUCGAAAACAGGAUCGAAACAGACUCGGUUGAAUAACGACGUUGUUUGCGCUAAAGUAAAGCUUGAACCGCCCUUCAAUCAGUUGCAUAAUCCCGUGUAUAAUAGUCCACCAUUCAAAAAGAACCAAUUUAUGAAUCGAAACCAAGAGAAAAGUCAGGCUUGUAGCGAAUUAAAGUUGACGCCCCACCAAAGUGAAUUUUCCAAGGUGAAAGAUAUGGACAAACCGGAUAACCGACAAGUCAAGUUCGACACGUAUUCAAGUUUUUCCGGUUUGGAUCUGUUGUCUCAGCUGAAAGAAGAGAAUAAGCUCUCUGACGUAGGAGCAAGAUCAUAUUCACUGUUUGGUCCUGACGAACCAAAUAGCACCAUAUUCAGAUCCCCUCUAACUGGACACUGA